AUGACAGCAAUGAAAGCUAUUGUCUGGAGACUUCCCAAGAUGCCGAAAAUCAAAAUUACAAAAACUUAUGAAGUUACGAAAAUUACGGCGAUAUUGACACUAGUAGGAUUUAUAAUGGGCCUUGAGGUGCCGUCAUUGGCAACUUUUCUCACAAACAAAACGUUUAAUGAGUACUUCAAGUAUCCAACUCCUUUACAACAAGGUUUACUCAUGGGGUCCACCCCCCUGGGUGGUAUCAUGGGAUGUUUUAUUUGCUGCAUAAUGAAUGAUAGAUUCAGUAGAAUAUAUCAAUUUCAAUCGGGAAUAAUAAUAUGGAAUAUUGUUACGUUAUUGAACUUUUGUAUUUGGGAUAUAUUAGGUUUACUAAUUUGCCGGAUGAUCAAGGGUAUGAUCCUUGGGAACUUUUCAAUUUUAGUAGCAUCCUACGCAAAUGAAGUUAUCCCCCGCGGCAAGCGUGGAAGUACGAUGAGCUAUAUUCAAUUGUGUUUAACCAUUGGAAUUCUUGUUAUGCAUUAUUUGUGCAUUGCAUUAAGUCUAUGGGAUUCUCAUUUUGCGUUCCGUAUAGCGUGGUGCAUAGGAAUCAUUCCUGGAUUACUGUUCUGGAUGGCUAGCUACGCUCUACCUGAAUCUUAUCACUGGCUAGUACUACAUGGGAAGAUGAGUGAAGCUCAGGAAAUUCAGCACAAUUUAGCCAAAAAGUUUAAUGAAAGCCAGCCAAGGGAUGCAGUCCCUGAGAUGAGUAAGAUCGAAUUAGCAGGAGAUUUUUGGAUUGGAGUUAAUGAUUUGGACUUCUCCAAAAAAUUACCUCGGGGUUCGUUUAAGCCUUUGAUUCUUGGAAUGACUUUACAGUUAUUGGUUCAAUUUAGCGGUAUAAACAUUAUCCUUGGUUAUAUUACAUACAUUUGCGAGAUUGUAGGGCUUGAAGGCAAUGUAAAACUAUUCACCAGUUCCAUUCCAUAUUUCAUCAACAUGGUUUUGAGCUUGUUACCGAUUACAUUCAUUGAUUACACUAGCAGAAAGCUAAUUACCUUGUUGGGUGGCUUUCCCAUUAGUGGGUUGCUCAUUACAAUCGGCGCAUUAUUUGUGAAGUAUGGUCAAGACACCAAGCCCAUCGACGGCAAUAGGAGUUUAGUUUGGUCAAUUGGAGAAAACCCGUUUGUGGGAGGAUGGAUUCUAACUUUAUGCUUUCUAAUUGUUGGAAUAUUUGCCAUGAGCCUUUCCAGUAUACCUUGGGUUUACACGAAUGAAAUGUUGCCCUCACGAGUGAAAGUUAAGGGAUUUGCCAUUUGCGUAACGUUUGGAUGGUUGGGCAAUUUUAUUUUAACGUUUCUAUGCCCUGUGAUGAUUGAAAGAUUAAAAGGCACAACAUUUAUAAUAUUUGGAUCUUUGACAUUCUUGAUAUCACUUUCAGUUUUGAUUUGGUUCCCAGAAACAAAGGGUAUGAGCAUAGAAGAUAUUGAUAAAUUCUUCGAAUUUGAGAGUAAAGAGGGCACCAAUUUACAUGGGGAAAAGGGUAUCAAAACGCCGGACUCAAAUUCUAAUGGCGGUUCUACAAGAUCCUCCCAAGAAGGGCAAUUGCAUAAACCUAUAAAACUGAAAAGCGAUGAAGAGAUGAUCAUAUGA